AUGAAAGUAUAUAAAGAUGUUUUCACAAAUGACGAAGUAUGUUCCGAUUCAUAUGUUCAAGAAGACCCAUUUGGAGUGGCAGAAUUUCGUGAUAUUGCUUUUGAAGUAAAAUCAAAUAAAAGAGUAAAAGGAAAUGAGGAUUAUGGUAUAGCUGAUAAUAGCGAAGAAGCAGCAGAUGGAAUGGGAGCUGAUGUGGAACAAGUAAUUGAUAUUGUUGACUCGUUUCAACUAACUUCCACGUCACUUAGUAAAAAAGAGUUCAGUGUUUAUAUUAAAAAUUAUAUGCAAAAGAUUCUUAAAUAUUUAGAAGAGAAAAAACCUGACCGCGCAGAAGUUUUUAAAACGAAAGCUCAACCAUUUAUUAAACAUAUUUUAACAAAUUUUGAUGACUUUGAAUUUUACAUGGGAGAAUCUCUUGAUAUGGAGGCAGGUUUAACUUACUCGUAUUAUAAAGGAGAAGAAAUAACUCCUCGUUUUGUUUAUAUAUCGGACGGAUUAUACGAAGAAAAAUAUUAG